AAGCGAGAUAACAUCAGACUGAGCUGAUCGGGAAAGGGGACAGGGUCGUUGCCAUGGUGCUGAAGGAGCUUCCUGGUAAAAAGUCAACCUCAGAAGGAAACGCCCUCCUCACCGUGACAACCAAGAUGGUCCGGGAGCAGCAGGAGAGUCGACCUCUGCUGAGUCCCUCAAUCGAUGACUUCCUGUCGGAGAGCCGCAGCGAUGCUUCCUCCUCCAGCCGCCCCCUAACCUCCAACACAGCAGUCCUGUCCACGGCUCUGGACCUGGUGGACCUCAGCGAGCCCGGCGGUUGCCGCGGGAACACCGAGCACCUGAGCGAGCCGGGCGGUUGCCGCGGUAACACCAAGCAGAGGAGGAGUCCCGUGAGGAGAAAGGGCGACUCGCUGAGUCCCCGACGCCAGACCAGACCGGAGGAGACGGAGCUGAUCCAGGUGGAGGCGCAAAGUCCCAUCUCUCUCGACUCAGUCAGUCUGCCGUCUCCUCGGGACAGAUGGGACGAGGUGAACCUGGACGUGGAGGACGCCGCGGGAGGCAGGACGAGAGACGAGAAGCGCUGCACCUCCCACCACUCCUCCAGCGAACUGCUCUGGUCUGCGGAGUUUAAAACUGAUCCUCUAACGAAGAACUCCUUCGACAUCCACAGCUUCGAUGAUCUCGACUUCAUACCUGCAUCACAGGACUGUGUGGCAUCCAGACAGCGCAGACGAACGCGUUCCCUUCUGGCGAGCAAAGAGUCUCUGGAGGACGAGUUUGUCAGAGCGAAGGCUGCUGUGGAGUCGGACACAGAGUUCUGGGAUAAGAUGCAGGCCGAGUGGGAGGAGCUGGCUCGGAGGAACUGGCUGGAGGACUCUGAGGGCCAGGGUCCGAUCCCGCCCGUGGCCUCGCCUGCAGAGAAGGGCUACUUCUUCAACGCCAACAACCCGUACCGGGACGCGCCCAGCGCCUUCGCCGAGGGCCAGGAGAAGGCUCGGGGGGGAGACCUGAACGCUGCCGUGCUGCUGCUGGAGGCUGCCAUCCUGCAGGACCCACAGGACUCUGAGGCCUGGCAGGUUUUAGGAACGACUCAAGCUGAGAACGAGAACGAGCAGGCCGCCAUCGUGUCGCUGCAGAGGUGUCUGGAGCUCCGCCCCAACAACCUUGUGGCUCUCAUGGCGCUCGCCGUCAGCUUCACAAACAGCGGCAUGCAGCGGGAGGCGUGCGAGGCCCUGAGCCGCUGGAUCAGCCACAACCCCCGCUACAAACACCUGGUUCUGGACCACAGCAGCCCGCUACAGGGUUCCCCAGCCACACCACGCAGGGGCCCCCACAGCAACACCUCUAGCUCUGAGCUGCAGGAUGUGCUGUUUCUCUUCCAGGAAGCAGCUCUGUUGAAUCUGGACUGUGUGGAUCCAGACCUGCAGACCGGACUCGGAGUCCUCUUCAACCUCGGCUCGGACUUCAACAAAGCUGUGGAGGCGUUCAGCGCAGCGCUGUCCAUCAGACCACAGGACUACCUGCUGUGGAACCGUCUGGGCGCCACGCUGGCGAACGGAGACCGCAGUGAGGAGGCGGUGGAGGCGUACGGCAGAGCUCUGGAGCUGCAGCCCGGAUUCAUCCGGUCCAGAUACAACCUGGGGAUCAGCUGCAUCAACCUGGGGGCUCACAGGGAGGCGGUCAGUAACUUCCUGACGGCUCUGAGCCAGCAGCGGCGGAGCCAGCGCUGCAGCCAUCACCAGAUGUCGGCCAACAUCUGGGCCGCCCUGCGCAUCGCCGUCUCCAUGCUGGACCGGCCCGAGCUGGUCCAGGCCGCCAGCGCCGGAGACCUGGACCUGCUGAUGCGGGCGUUCGACGUGGCCGACGUCUGACGGAGCGGAGGCGUCUCCCGGGGAACGGUGGAGACCGGGCUGGAUGAGGACAGUUUGGGUCGAAACCAAAGAGAUGGCCACCGGGGGUGUAGUGCUGUUUGUCGUUGACCGGAGAGCUUCGUAGAGUCGUGGCUCCAUUGGAAGGUUACGUUACCACUGGUUCUACACAUGAGUGCACUGGUUCUACAAGCUGUUUUCAAUAAUGUCCCCCUUUGAACAGUGUUUUUAAGCCAUGUACCCCCUAACCAGUCUCUAGAGAGAGGAAGAAUACAGCGCUGUCAGCCAUAGAGUUACUAAACAACAGCCUUGGACCUGGAACACAUUUAGAUGAUGAUGGAGAAAGGAGACAAAAACCUGGAAAAACACAGAAGAAAAAAGGAAGGCAACACUAGGGCGACAAAAGUGGGGGCGUACCCCCUACAGUCCUCCAGAGGACCCCUAGGGGGACACAUACCCCCUGCAGUCCUCUAGAGUACCACUAGGGGGACA